CUUCCACCUCAUCUUCUCCGCUCUCCCUCAACUGCGCCCAUUCCCUCCCCCUUUUCCUUCAUAACCUGGGCAUUUAGGGAUGACGCUUUGAUUCUACCGUAAUCUUCCCAGUUAUUUGAAACGCCCUAUCCCCGACCCACCGACGGUAUAUCCCUGAAUAUCUCGCCGCCGCCAAAUUCCCCCGCAGUGGUCCGCAAGGACACUCUUGCAUACCUAAUUCCGACUUCGUCCCUCGCUGCGGAGCUCGAUUUCAUUCACGAUGGCUAUGAGCAGGAUACGCGGCGCCUUUGCGGUGCCUAGAAAAGGAGAAACAUUCGAAUUGCGAGCUGGUCUUGUAUCUCAAUAUGCCUACGAACGGUAGGUCUCCGGUUGACUUAUGAUGAUGUAGCACCUAUACCGAGUUCCAUGGAGACGUCUGACCCGAUCAUAGAAAGGAGGCUAUCCAGAAAACUAUCAUGGCCAUGACCUUAGGAAAAGAUGUCUCCGCCCUUUUCCCCGAUGUCCUGAAGAAUAUUGCGACGAGCGAUCUCGAACAGAAGAAAUUAGUAUACCUGUAUCUGAUGUGGGUGGCCCAUGAUUGUUUCGAUUGUCGCUCUACAUGCUGAUAUUCGAUGCGCGGCAAUCAGGAAUUACGCCAAAUCUCACCCGGACCUCUGUAUUCUCGCCGUGAAUACCUUCGUUCAAGAUUCCGAAGACCCUAAUCCUCUGAUCAGAGCGCUCGCAAUCCGAACGAUGGGAUGUAUUCGAGUGGACAAGAUGGUCGACUACAUGGAAGAGCCCCUCCGGAAGACUCUCAGGGAUGAGUCGCCCUAUGUCCGCAAGACAGCUGCGAUCUGUGUAGCCAAGCUUUUCGAUCUCAACCCGGGCAUGUGUAUGGAGAAUGGCUUCCUGGAAAUGCUUCAGGAGAUGAUUGGAGACCCCAACCCUAUGGUGGUUGCGAACUCGGUGACAGCGCUCUCCGAGAUCUACCACGCCGCGCCGGAAACCAACGCGCUCCAGGUCACAACCAAUACACUACGCAAGCUAUUGAUGGCGUUGAACGAGUGCACAGAAUGGGGUCGAGUUACGAUUCUCACAACGCUGGCAGAGUACCGGACUACUGAGGUCACCGAAGCAGAACAUAUCUGUGAGCGCGUGGCCCCUCAAUUUCAGCAUGCGAAUCCCAGUGUUGUGUUGGCCGCCGUCAAGGUCGUCUUUUUGCACAUGAAGAAUGUCAAGGAAGAACUCUCCAAGAACUAUCUGAAAAAGAUGGCUCCUCCCUUAGUGACUCUUGUCUCGUCCGCUCCCGAAGUACAAUAUGUAGCUCUGAGGAAUAUUGACCUGUUACUGCAAAAACAGCCUGAUAUUUUGAACAAAGAGCUUCGGGUGUUCUUUUGCAAGUACAACGACCCGCCCUAUGUUAAGUUCCAGAAGCUUGAGAUCAUGGUUCGCAUUGCCAACGACCGGAAUGUCGACCAGCUUCUAGCCGAACUUAAGGAAUACGCCCUGGAAGUGGACAUGGACUUUGUGCGGCGCGCUGUCAAGGCUAUUGGUCAGGUCGCCAUCAAGAUCGAGAGCGCCAGCGAGAAGUGCGUGAACACCUUGUUGGACUUGAUCAACACGAAGGUCAACUACGUGGUGCAGGAGGCCAUUGUGGUGAUCAAGGACAUCUUCCGGAAGUACCCUGGCUACGAAGGCAUCAUUCCGACUCUUUGCAAGUGCAUUGAUGAGCUCGAUGAGCCUAACGCCCGAGCCGCGCUCAUCUGGAUCGUGGGAGAAUAUGCGGAGAAGAUCAACAAUGCUGGAGAUAUUCUCGCCGGAUUCGUGGAAGGGUUCAAUGAAGAGUUCUCGCAAACGCAGCUGCAGAUCCUCACAGCUGUUGUUAAACUCUUCGUAAAGCGGCCUGAAAAGGCCCAGGGACUGGUGCAGAAGGUCCUGCAGGCCGCUACGGCGGAGAACGAUAAUCCUGACGUUCGUGACCGGGCCUAUGUAUACUGGCGGUUGCUGUCCAACACAAGCGACCCUGGUGCCACCAAGAACAUUAUGCUCUCUGAAAAGCCGCCGAUCGUGACUACCAUCCACUCUCUACCACCCGCCCUGCUCGAACAACUCAUCACCGAACUUUCCACCCUCGCCUCUGUAUACCACAAGCCACCAGAGCAAUUCGUGGGCCAGGGCAGAUUUGGUGCCGACGCCGUUCAGAGAGCCGCCAUCGAGGAACAAAUCCAAAAUGCACGUGAGAACCCAUUGGCUGCGGCUGCAGCCGCGGCGGCAGUUACUGGCAAAGCUCCGCCGGCUCAGAGCCAGAACAACGUUGAAAAUCUUCUGGACAUCGAUUUCGACGGGGGUGCACCAGCAUCUGCUCAGAAGGAACCCAGCGGCGGCAUGUCCGGUCUUGAAGGUCUUGCCGGCACACCGGUCCGGGUAGAGUCCCCCGCGGCUGGUGCUCCGGCGGGCAGCAAUAAUUUAGACGAUCUCCUAGGCGUGUUUGGCGAUGGUGGGGGUGCUGCUGCCCCGGCUCCAGCCCCCAAUGGUGGCAAUGCUAGCGCAGACCUCAUGAAUGGAUUCGCCGGGCUGGAUCUAUCAUCGAACACCACAUCACCACCCCCGGGAGGAAGCCAGCCCAAGAAGACCAACGAGGACAUCUUGUCACUGUUUUAGAUCCAGCGUCGAUGUAUGGGUGGGAUCCAAUAUGUAUAGCCGAAGACAGGUCAGCGUGGAGGUGCUUUAAAAGAUGACUUAAUCCUUGCAUUCGGUAUAGAUUUCCACGGUCUUCAUUGUUUGAUUUCGCCAGCAAUAUUCGCUGUAACCUUUUCAUUUUUUUUUCUUUUCUUAUUCUUCUUCACUUGUUAUUACUUGUAUAUCCUGAGCAUCCUUUUUCUUCAAUCUUCUACGUCAACUUCUCAUCAAUGCUAGGAACGAAAUCUAGACACAUUAUUCCCUCACCUAUGGUGACCAUUUACACUUUAACCCACAAGUAGCA